AUGAAGAAGCCGCCAAGUGCACCUGUCAGUUAUAUGAAGAAGCCGUCAAGUGCACAUGUCAGUUAUGAAGAAGCCAUCAAGUGCACCUGUCAGUUAUAUGAAGAAGCCGUCAAGUGCACGUGUCAGUUAUAUGAAGAAGCCGUCAAGUGCACGCACUCCAGACUUCUUCUGACCGAUGAGGACUUUGCGCUUUUACUGGAAGAUAGAUCUUUUGUCGAUUACUUCAACAUAUUCCUCACGUUACCGGUUUUUGGACAGCGGAUAAUUUACAACUUCAUUGAAAAGGUGUUUGUUUUUGAACCGCCAAUAAAGAAAAACAAUAACCAGAUAGACAGGUGCCGUGUAAUCACUUUCCUGAAACAGGAGCGGUAUCCACUAUUUCAGAGGACCAAUCUGUACAUUGAGUACCUUCUCUGUUGUCGUCUGCGAGAUGUGGAGGUGAAUUUUGAAUCAAGAACUUUUAAAGAGGAUCUCGAGAAGAAUUCACACUUUGCCCGCAAUGUUCUGGGAAACGUGCUUGGGAUGCAAAUGUUCCGAGAUUUCAUCAAGGGGACAGCUGGUGAAAACGUAUUUCGAUGCUGGAUAGAAAUUGAGAAAUGGAAAUUAUUAGACGGAGCUCUGCCCCAUAAGACAGAGAUGGCCCACAGCAUCAAAAUCACAUACUUAUCCCAAGGUUCUCCUUGUAAUCUCACAACCCGGGGAAAACAACUCGUCUACAAAGGGAACAUCAACUUUGAAAUGAUACAUGAGAAAGAUAUCGAAGAGGAAAUCCUGGCGGCAGUUUCGCACAUGGAUGCGCAGUACACGGUCGAUACACUUGAUGCAUUCGACAAUCUUCAGAUAAUUCUCCUGUCAGCCCUGAGACGAUACUGGGUUCCACGAUACUUUAUCCACCUCUACCAUACUGUGUCGCCACAAACUCUUGCCUUUCUAAACAACGAGACUCCCUUUGAUAUAUAUACUCUAUUACCACAACACCGGAAACUGCGCAGUCCAGUCAGCUCACCGGGUAUCUACAGCGCAAAGUCUAACAGUCCUGGGUCGCUUUCUACACGAAAGCUAUUCUCCAGUAAUAUUGACAAGCCCAAGAAGUAUAAGUACAGUGUUCCAAAUAUUAGUACGCAGAUUCCUAUUGAUGCUCAAUUCUCCACUGCCUCCUCCGAGAAAUCCUCCGAGAUAUUUCUCGAACCGAAACAAGUCACAUCUGUUUGGAGUGGUAGGUCUAUAUGUUGAUUUCCUAGUAUUUACAUUAAAAGAGGCAAAUAUCUCCACUGCAUCAAUGACGAGAAAGAUGAAGCAAACGAUGUCGGCGAUCUGGAGAGAUGGGGAAAGUCCUCUCGCUUUUUCGGGAAUUCUCCAAUGCACUAUACCAUUCCCGUAUACGUAACUUCUUACGUUGUGGGUCGCCGACGAUUGGGUUUUAAUCAUGUUUCACAGGAUACAAACUUUAAAUCGAUGAUCGUGUUCGCCUCUGACGCAUUGGCUGGAUCUCCAUUCGGUCAAACUCUUCAGAAUCGCGGAUUAAUUAAGAAAAAUUGCAUGUUGGGUUUCUGGAAAGAUGUCCGCCAUUACCUGGAUGCCGAUGAGAAGUAUCUGGAUCCAUAUGGAAUACCUAUGAAACAGAAACUGGCGAGACAGAUUACUGAAAAAUAUCUCGCUUUUGAUGACAAUCCGGAGUGCAUUUUCCCUGAACAUCUGAAAAUACCUAUUUUUCAGAGUCUGAACUCACAAUAUGACACAACAAUGAUAACAGAUGCACAGGAUAUUAUUUUGCAGGUACUAGCAGAAUCUUGGCAAGAAUAUGCAAGAGAAGAUAGAACAUUGUUCCUAAUUAAUGUUUGCAACUCAUUGAUCGACAGAAAUGUGAUAAAGAUGUCCGCCACAAAGUGUGAUCAGGCUGACCCAACAGAAAUGAUGAAACAUGGAUUGCAGGACUCUCCUGCGAAAAGUAAAGCAUUGACUACGCCAUGUGCUCGUGUGACGGUAGGGGCCCCAACUCUUACGGACGAGCACUCGAUGAAAUCUUUGGAGUACGCAAUACUUUGUGAUGAAUAUGGGCGUGUUGGGAUGUCUUCACUCACGUCCUCCACGCUUGGUGACUUGAUAGGCGUGAUGUAUAGCGACUACGGCAGUUUACGUAUCAAGAGAGAACCAGUCAAACGGCAUGAAUUUCUUCACAAUCUCCUCAACAAGCCAAAGAUCGACAUUGAAACUAUUAAGGUCUCCCGCCUAGGGAUUCUGGCCACACCGGAAGUGACUGCUAUAGAGAAGGCUCAUUACCGGUCAAUUCUCCGGAGACUCGUGAUCCGCCGGCGUGGGAUCGUUAUAGAGAGACCACCUAGGCCAAGAAAUUUAUUGGAUGUUUUGCAUGACUCAAACCACUACGAGUUCUUCAAAAGAUUUAUGAUGAGUAACGACAUAACCCAGCCUUUACUGCUCUGGAAAUAUGUGGAGGAUCUAAAGGAGGCGAAGUCUACUAGAGUCAUCAACAAUCUCAUCUCUACCAUAUACAGAAAAUUCUUUAGCAGCAGCACCAAGCAAGGUCUCUUACAGGAUUGCAAUGAUGAAAUUCUCCGCCAGAUAUCCACCAUGGAGCGGAUACCUCCAAGUGUUCUCUACAUAGCGCAGACUAGUGUUCUCCAUUACAUUGAAAGAAAAUGGUUCCCGAAAUACUUGGAGACCUACCCAAUAGAUGAGGAUAUUGCACCCCCCGAGGACACGGUUGAACCAGACCUAUCAUAUCCUAAUCUCGCCGACCUGCAAGAAAUCGUUCCCAAAGAGGUAGCGCCUGUCAAGAAGAAAUCACGGAAGAAGAAAAAAACGUUACACUUAUGGCGUGGAUUUGUAAAUUUGAUCAUAGAAUUUAUGAAAGCCUUGAAAAACAAGUAUGAAUACAAGCUAUUCGAACUUUACCUUCGCCGUGAAAAAGAAAAGGAUUUGGCAAGUAAGAGAACCUCUAAACCAGCAAAGUUCUUGACAGAAGGAACCCAAUUUAAUUUUUCGUCUAAACCCAUCGUCAGCAAACUGGUGGCGGACCUCAACUUCUGGAAUGAAGAACAAAAGUUCAAAAAGCUCGUUGAUGAGAUUAGAAACGGGGAAAGCAGUACUAAACAGGACAUGGAAUUUCUGCUCAGAAAAGCCAACACCAUCAUUGACUGUUACCUCGCCUCGGAAGUCUUACCACGUGUCCAGAUUAAUGUUUCGAAUGACGUGGCGAGCUAUAUCGCCUUUUCCGUCACAAAGUUGGGGCCGACUAGGAGCCUGUUUCACAGCGCCAUGGUCCAAAUAUUUCCAAUACUAUACUUCUAUUGGAAAAGAUUUCGAGCGGAAUGGUUACAGAGUAACGAUCCCAAGACGUUUUAUUGUCGUUUGAAGGAAAAGUUGAUUGCUCCUUGGGUAACCUCCAUGCCCCACAAAGACAUGCGCGGAAUUGAUUACCUAAAAGUCAGGGAGUCGCAAUGCGAAAUGAUUCCAGUCAGUCAAAACGUAGAACAUCCUUAUCGAAUAACUUUCAAUGUGAUGGGAGGAAUUCGCUAUAUGUUCGCAAAUAAACCAAUGCCGAAACAGCAAAAGGUGCCCUUGAUUUUAAACGAACCAUGCACGCGGAAACAGCGGUCGCAAAGAGAAAACGUCAGCCCUUUGCACAAAAUACAAUGGGAGCAUCCUACUCACGGCAAACACAUGAAUUUUAGGGAUGAAAUAAAGAAGAAAAAAAGCAAAACUUUCCUCGAAGAGGAAGAGGGUGAUCAAAAUCUGGAUCAGGGGGACGGAAAAGCAGGCGUUCAAAAAAAGAAGAGAAACAAAAAAUCUGCAAAAGCGGAGUCAAAAGAGUUGGCUGGAACUAAGUCCCGCUGGAAAGGACAGUCCACUGUGACGAUGAACCAGCGGAAGAAGGCUUUUCAACAACUAGUCUACAAACAUGUGGAUAAGCUGACCAAAGGAAAUACGCCCCAAACCACGCGUCUACCCACAUUUGACAAAGCUCUAUAUGCGGCCUUUGCAGCACAAACUCAAUCUGAACUCACUGAUGACGCUUGAUCCACAGGGGCUUGUGUAGAAAAAUCAAGACCCCCCCCCCCCCCCCCGGUGAAAACUACACAAGCCCCUGUGCCCGAUCCAUUAAUCUAAUGCUAAAGAAAUGUGUACAAGUUAUUUCCAGUGUCUGUCCUUUAUCAAAUUCUUCUUGAAUUAGUAAUAGAUCCUCGUGACAUGAAAUUAUCAGUUAUAAUCUUUUUUUUUUAUGGAAACUUUCUUUUCUUUUUUGAAUAAAAAUUCAACUGUAUACCAUACUUUACAUGUAAUUGAUCAACUACAGCGUGAAUGUUUAUGCAUGAUACACUCACGCUUAGCUGCAGCUCUCUGAAAAAAAUAUUGGGACGGUUCCGUCUCAAUAUUUUUAUACCCCCCCCCCCCCGCGAACGAAGUUCAGGGGGGUAUAUAGGAAUCACUCUGUCUGUCUGUCUGUCUGUCCGUCUGUCUGUGCAGAUUCGUGUCCGGGCCAUAACUUCUUUGUUCUUUGACAUAGGCAUACCAUAUUUGGCACACAGGUGGAUCACCAUGAGACGAUGUGUCGAGUACCUUCAUGACCUC